GCUGUCCCGGAAAAGGGCUGUUACGUGUUCCUCCACGUCACUGAGCGCGCGCAAUAGGCACCUAGAGUGGAGCACGGUGACGGGUUCUGUGUGUUUCCUGCUACAUACUAACAGCUGUUGUUCUUCUGCUCCUUGACCAAACCAAAGCCAUCCCUAAUGGCAGAGUGGACCUCCUACUACCGAAAUGACGAUGAGGAUGAAGAGCAGGACGAAGGAGAGCAGUCUGGAGGAGACUACAAGAUCACAGGGAGAGACAGUUUGGUCUUUUUGGUUGAUGCCUCCAAGGAAAUGUUCAUCAAACGAGAUGAUGGACAGCCGACCAACUUUGACUUGACUAUGCAGGUUGUGCGCAGUGUGUACACCAGUAAGAUCAUCAGUAGCUACAGGGACCUGGUGGCGCUGGUUUUUUAUGGCACAGAACAGAGUAAAAACCCCCGGAACUCAUUCAAGCAUGUUUAUGUGUACCAUGACCUUGACGAACCAGGUGCAAAGCGAGUGCAGGAUGUAGAUGCCCUGCGAGGAGAAAAGGGUGCCCAUCUUGCAGCAGAGACCAUGGGCAGUGGGGAGACUUCAUUAGGAGAUGCACUGUGGUGCUGCGCCAACCUCUAUAGUGACAUUAAGCUUAGACUUUCACACAAAAGGCUCAUGAUCUUCACCUGCAGGGAUGAGCCACACUGUGGUGACAGUACAAAAGACCGACAGGCUCGCACAAAGGCCAGUGACCUCAAAGAGACAGGUGUUGUUAUUGAUUUGAUGCACCUGAUGAAACCUGGAGGCUUUGAUGUGUCACUCUUCUUUUGUGACAUUGUAAGUCCACCAGAGGAUGAAAAUGAGUUGGGGCUGCAGCUGGAGCCUUGUGAAAAAUUGGAGGACCUGAAGAAGAGGGUGCGAGCCAAGGAGCAGAAGAAGAGAGCCAUGGCCAGGUUAAAUCUGAGUCUUGGUGAGGGCAUAAAUGUUGCAGUGGGAAUUUAUGCAACUGCUGUCACAGCCAGAAGACCUGGAGCUAUCAGACUUAACAGGGAAACCAAUGAACCAGUUCGUAGCAAGAGCCGAACCUUCCACACCCAAACUGGGAGUCUGCUGCUGCCCAGUGAGAUAAAGAAAUCCCAGGUGUAUGGUAAAAAGAAGAUAGUGAUGGAGCGGGAUGAAGUGGACGCCAUCAAGAAGUUUGAUGAUCCUGGAUUGUUUCUUAUUGGAUUUAAACCUAUGGAGCUGCUCAAACUGCACCACCACAUCCGACCUGCUGUUUUUCUCUAUCCUGAGGAGGAUGAGGUCAAAGGCAGCUCGUGUCUCUUCUCUGCCUUGUUGACCAAGUGCUUCGAAAAGGACGUCUUUGCUCUGUGCCGUUGCAUCGCCAGGCGAAACUACCCUCCUCGAUUUGUUGCUCUCGUUCCUCAGAAGGAAGAGGUUGACGAAGGAAAAGUACAGAUCACACCACCAGGUUUCAAUGCCAUCUUCCUGCCAUAUGCUGACGACAUGCGGACCCUGGAUCCUCCGCAGCACCCAUCCGCCACACAAACACAGAUAGACAAGAUGAAAGAGAUAGUCUCCAAGCUCCGCUUCAAAUACCAGAGUGACGCCUUUGAAAACCCCGUCAUCCAGCAGCAUUACAGGAACUUGGAAGCUUUGGCUCUGGAUAUGAUGGCUCCAGAAGACACAGAGGACCUCAUCAUGCCAAAGGUGGAACAGAUUGACCGUCGCCUGGGCCCUCUAGUCGAGGAGUUCAAAGAUCUGGUGUACCCUGCCAACUACAGUGCAGAGAACAAAACAGCUGCCAAACGCAAAACAGUAGCUGAGGCCGGAGGUGGAAGUGAGAAGAAGCCCAAAGUGGAGAUUCCAGAGGACGAGCUGAGAGCCCAUGUGCAGAACGGCACCUUGGGAAAGCUAACUGUGCCGGUGCUGAAGGAGGCCUGUAAGCAGUUUGGGGUUCGGACCACUGGCACCAAGAAGCAGGAGCUGAUUGAUGCUCUGAUUGCACGUCUGGGCUCAUGAAGAGGUCGCUGUCUGACUCUCACUUAACUACAAAUGUCUCCAACCACGUUUCCUAAAAGUACAGAGCUGCUUCCGUGCAGCUUUGCGAUCGUAUUAGAGCUAUGACUCAGUGGGAAAUAAUAUUUGUCAAAGGUUGUGUUCCUUCAAACUCACUGUACUGUAAACAUAAGGCUUUUAGUAAUGAAACUUGUUGAUACCUGCAUUUUUAUUAAUAAAUGAAUUAGUUUUCUA